AGUAUCAUUCACUUUUGAGUUAGGUUGGGUUGGUUUAUUGGUUAGAUUACUGAGGAAAUUAAAACUACAGCACAGUGUUUUUAUCCGAAAGUUACAAUAAAGUUGUUAAUGAGAAAACAAAAAAGAGAGUGGAUAAUGCAGUGAAUUGAAUGGCUUAACGCGUUUUUGAGUUAAUGAUAAUUGCUUCCAGCCAAAGCUUAGCUUUCAUUAUUCGACAAUUCCGAUAACGAUUGCCAUAGAAAAGGCAAAUGUAAUUAAAUGAUAAAACGAAUAAAGAGAUUGAAUUAAAAUGAGUAAAAGACAAGAGAGGCUUUGCGAAAAGAUUAUCAUGUCCACCGCUGAUUAGAUUCGCAUUUUUGUAGUUCCUUCAUGUUCACGCACGGCCAAGCCAAGCUAGCGUAGCUUUUCUUUUCUCGGCAACGAACGUUCUAGUUUCUAAAUUGUGAUAGUGAAAUUUUUUGAAAAAAGAGUAUCUGUCUAUUUAUUAUCAUAGUUAUGGUCAUCUGCCUUGUUGAAUACUGUGCCACUUUUGCUGAUUUCCUGCAAAUUUGAUUAAAGAUACUUUUAUUAAUUUUGCAUGCAUUUCGAGUUUUUUUAAAACCCGCGUCUGGGAAUUAUGGUCCACCGUCCACCGACUGACCUUUUUGUAUUUUAAAAACUUUUUAUUAUUUUAAUUUUAGAGAAAAAGACCAAAAUAGCACUAAAUCAAGUUUUUUUUCCAAACUAGCACUCAAGGCCAAAAAUCACAAAAAUAACACUCAAGGGGUGGAAUUUAGGGUUUAGAAUUUAGGGUUUAGGGUUUAGAGUUUAGGUUUUAGGGUUUAGAGUUGAGAAGUGAGGUUUUGGAGAUAAGAUUUCAAAUUUUGAAAAAUAAAAAAAUUUAAAUUUUUCAAAAGAUAAAAUGCUAUUUUGGUCAUUUUAGUUUUUGAGUGCUAUUUUUGUGAUAUAAACUUAGAAAUGUGCUAUUUUGAAGAUUUGCCCUUAAUUUUACUACUAUUCUAUAUUAUUAUAAGAAUAUAAAAUAGUACUCCCACUAUUUUUUUUAUUAUAAAUAGUUUAAGAAAAAUUUGUUUGUUUCAAAAUAUAAAUAAUUUUUAUAAUUCAAGUAAUUUUUAUUUUUAUUAGAUAUAAUAUGACGAAUCAUAUAAUAUAUUUAUUUAUGAUUGGUUUAACUACAUAUAAUUUAUAUAUUAAAUACUAUUUUUUAAAAAAUUAAAUUUUUUUAAAUAUUUGUACAUUCACCUAAAACUAUCUACAUAUAAAAAACAGAUGAAGUCAGAGUCGGUCUGUGUAUAUAUUAGACUGGAAUCAUAUACAAAAAAAGUGGCCUAUUUUUAUUGAUAUCAUUGAAGUAUAUCGAAUCCAAAACCUCUCCUAUCUGAAAUCUUAUUGUUUACCAAUAGAGCUACUGAAUAAUUUAUGCAAAAUUGUGACCGCUAAAGUUAAUAUCAAAUGAGCAGCCGGAAACACCCGCUUUUCCCACUUCUCUCCAAGGCCGCCCCUCUGGAGGAAGUAUACAUUAGAUACAUGUGAAAACAUGUUAAAUGUUCAAUUAUAAACUGACGGAUCAUAUGAAAAACUGCAUGAACUCCAUGCAUGCAGAUCAGAAAACGCAACUCCAUUGUUUAACGUAUAGUUAAAUAAGGUAGUUACGUCCAUUUAUGUAUAUACGAAAACUAUAGUGUAACAGUAGUGAAAUUUAAUCGUCUCCUAGAUGAAAAAUACGUAUACCAGAAAAACGAGCUAAGCAAAGAAGACAGUAAAAGCUAUCGUGUUUAGGAAAAAAUUGGAAGCAUGUGGGAGACUAUUGUUUUAAUUAAAAACAACAAUCACUAUUCAUUUUGAUUCUCUUAACUUUUAGAUAAAUCAAGUGACAUUUUUUUUUUCUCUAGAUUUGAUUUUAUUAAAGGCAAAAGCCCAAAGUAAAAGCCCAAAUUUACAAAAACAAAGAAGUCCAAACACAAAAGGGCCAGAGUAAGGAACCCACGAGACUAGCCCAACCCAUUAAACGAACGGCGCCACCCUUCACCACGCGUCCAGAAACGCGCAUGGACGCCACGUGUUGAGACCCACCCCUUCCAGAGACACGCGUCAUCUGGUCACUACACUGCGUCCGAUACCGAGAAGACGUCGCCGGAGAAGACGAAACCACCAGUAGUUUCGCCGGAACACGCCGGAGACUGAAACCAUCUCACCCAUAUUUUUGCCUGGACUCUUACGACGGAGAGCAUCAUCGAGACUAUCCCGAGAUCUCUUCCAGAGCCAUCGAACCCAACUCUUCUUCCCUCACCGCUCGAGACUCUUCGACGGCGAGCUUCAUCAAACCGUAACCGAUCCAAAGGAGAAACCUUUCAGACCAAAAGAUUAGAUCAAAACCGCUACAAGGAUAGUCAAUCGACAUCAAUCGAACACGAUCUGCGAGAUUCGAGAGUCAAUUGAGCAGAUAAACACAAAUAGGCCUUGAUCGGACAUAACCGGGAAAGAACCCGGAAUAAACCGGAGAAAGCGAAGAUAAACGCUUCCCGGGAGAACGAAAGCUGGCGAAGAAGAAUUGAAGAAGCUUCUUCUACCCAGAGUCUACGCCCUAUUCGGACAUGUGGAAUUAUAUCAUAUGAUAAUGGAGUGUCACAUGCUAUGUCUCUUAUCUUGUUUCUCUACUGCUCUGAAACUAAAAUCAGCCAUUUUCUAUGUCGUUUUUGGUUCGGCAUUUUGCGAAUGACAAAAAAAAGAAGUAAACAUGUAUUUUCAGUGGGUUUCUUUAAAUUCUGGCCCAAACCUAAGAAAGGUAUACGUUGUGAUGCACACAUGCUCUACAGAGAUGUCAAAUGGACGGAUUAUAAAUGAGUGGUCUGUAUCCAAAUUCCAAAUCGAUAUGAUCUAAAAUGAACAAAUUCAGAUUAAACCAUAAUUAAAAUUGUUCAGAUAGAUGAAUCCAAUUUUAUCCAUGAACAAUAUUAGACUUAACCAUUUGGAUAAUGUGCGGCCCAAUAAACUUAAAUGUCUAGGAUUGAAAAAUUAAGAAAAACACAAAUCACUUUUUUUUCUUCUCGUCUUACUCUUGCGAUUUUUUUUCGUGUUUGAUUCUUCCUCUUUGUGUCCUUGUCUUCGAUUCUUCCUCUUUGAAUCCUCGUCUUUGAUUCUUCUUCUUCGUGUUCUAUUCUUCUUCUUCGUUCUUCUUCGAUUCUCUUUCAGUUCUUUCAACUUCUGAUUUUGUCAUCUCUUAAGGUUUGAUUUUGUGAUUUGUGUUAUGGGUUUUCACUAUUAGCUACUGUUUCAUAUCAUCUACUAAUAUUGUGUUAUGGGUUAUGUGUUAGAUACAUUGGUGAUUCGUGUUCAUAACGAAGCUGGUGGCGAGUCUGGCGGCUGUUUCUGUUUCCGCAAGUUAGACGAAAUCACGAAUUUUUUGAACUUAUCUUAUGUUUUUUAUAAUUUUGAAACAUGAAGUUUAAAACAUAAAGUUUAAGUAUAUGCCAUCUUUAAAAUUGAAAACUUUGGAUUUUUAAAUCUUUAAAACUGAAAUUAUGUUGUUUACAUUAAGUGGACGUAUGAGCCGUCCAUGUAUCGCCCAACAAAUCAUGGUCUUACUUAGUUAUGGUCUCAUUUAGAAAUGGUUCUAUUUGGAAUUCAACCAAAAAUAUCCAGCAAAAAAUAAAGUCUAUUCGUACACAUCUAAACCCGCCCAUUUGACAUCUCUAUAAUGUUCUGUUACAGAACAUCACGCGUGGCACGUGUGGAUACUGGAAUGAUGGAGUUGAUGACGUGUAGGAUUGACGACAAUGAGAAUCAAGAGAACAAGUCACCCACAAAACAAAACUAGGUUACACUGCAAACGCCGCUUAUACUAUCUAGCCCAUCGAAAUCACUAAGCUGAAACAAACUUUGUUGCCGCGAGCGACAGGUUUAUUGCUAUCCCAUCCUCAAAAACCUCUCCUACAGCUUUAUCGCUAUCGAUUCCCAACGUUGCUAUCAUGCAGAACAAAACAAACGACCACAAAAGCCAUUUGGGACCUCCAUGGAGGUAAAACUACUCGGAGCGGCAAAGUUGAAGCUAAAAAUGAGAAACUUAAAAAGAGUUUUAAAAUAAACCUUUUUAUAUAGAGUAGUCGAGAUGGUUUGAUUUGCUUAUGUUAUUCUCUCAUUAAAAUUCAGAUGAGUGAUAACGUGUAAUUAGGCUUUAGAAUUUAGAUCCAUCUAACUUCACAGAGUCAACGACUGCAAAAGAUUGAUUUGCGAGUAAGCUAAACCCUCGUGAUAUAGUCAAUCAUUCAAUUAUACUAUUAUCGGACGACGGGAUGGUGGGUUUACGUAGAAACGCCAAGGCAAGACGCAAACUCACAGUUUCCAUGUAAUUUUGCAGGAAGUCAACGGCUACAAGAUUACUUUGCUAGUAAGCUAACUGUCUUGAUAUAAUCAAAUAUUCAAUUAUAUUAAUAUCAGACGUUAUGGUGGGUUUACGUAGAAACACCAGGCGAAGACUCAAUAUCAGUUUCCAUGUAAUUUCGCAGUAAGUCAACGACUACAAGAUUGCUUUGCGAGUAAGCUAUACAUCUCUUGGUCUCGUCAUUAAAUUCAAGUAUCUUACUAUCGUUCUCCCCACAUUAAGAAAUCCCUUUGUUUUAACAUCAUCUGUGUUGUGAUUCUUGCUCAGGUUUGUUCUUACUUCUUUCACUUUCUCUCCCACACUGUUUUGUUUCUCUCUUAAUCUCUUAACUAUUUUUUCUGUUUUUCUCUGUUAAUUGUUUAUGCAAGACUUUGUUUUAUCAAACUGAUUUUUUCAUUCAUUCUUGCAUGCAUCUUACAAACGAUUACGCUUUGUUUUUAUAGUUAGAUUUUUUACUAGCUCUAAUCAUGCUUCCUUGCUCACUUACACCUAAUCCAUAUCGCUAGUCUCAGCCUCUCAGGGCCAAUCUUACACACUACAGCUUAACUAUUCUAACUAUUGAAUAGUAAGAACUAUUAUCCAAGAAUGUAUGACAAAACUCAAUAUAAAGCAUUCACUUUAUUAAUAACUUUCUCAAACUCAAACUCAUAAGUUAUGCCACAACAUUAGCAUCUGCUUAUAUAACACUUAUAAGUUCCUAAUCUCAUUAGAAAACAUAUAUUAAAGAUAACUCUCAAUCUAUACUAAUCCUAAUCUCAUUAGAAUACCUUAUAUUCUAAGUUAUCUCAAGCUUAGGUCAACACUAACAACUCCUUAACCACUUAAUACCCAACAUUCCAAACGACGUUCAUCUUCAGCUUUAAAACAAUAUAUAUACAAAAGUAAAAAUAUUUAAUAAAAAUUUUAAAAUUGAAAUUAUAAAAAUAUUAAAAUAUAUCUAUUAUAUUUUAAUUAAUAUUAUAAAAUUUUAUAAUAAAAACAAUUUCAAUAAAUUUUCAAAAAUUAAAAUUAUAACUUUCUAAAUAUAAAUUUUAUAUUUAUUAUAAUUUUAUGAUUUUUGAUAUUUUUAUAAUUAUAUUAAAUGUAAAUAUUGUUAAUUUAUUAUUUGACUGUUACCGUAUUUGGUAGUUAACCAGUCAUAAGUCACUUGCAAACGCACCAAUUUUUAACCGCAGUACCAGUCAUACAAAUCUCUUAAAACCGUUAAAAACCGCAACUGCCCGCUUCCACAAAUUCUCGCAACCGCAACCGCAACCGCUGCGUUUGAACCAGUCAGGCCUUUAGUGUUGACUUAAAACUUCUUCUUCUUCUUUCGCUUAUCACCUUGCUUCUUCUUUGGCUGUCUUGUUUUUCUUCUUCUUUUCGUUGACUUUUAUUCUUUCAUUUGCAGGUUUUACUCAAGGAAUCACUUCUCAACAAUCUGAAAGUUCUUUCUUAUUCUCGAAGUGAAAAAAAAAUAAGGAUGAGCGAGAUGAUUGGGGGAGCUGUGGUCGCUGAGGGUCUGAAACAGUUGAUUGCAGAGGCAAAGAAGUUCAAAAAUUUCAAACCCUUGUCCAAGGAACUCAUAUCGACCAUGGAGGAAUUGGUCCCGUUAAUCGAAACGAUCAAUUAUUAGCAAAACCAGCAGAACCUUGAUGCUGGGGAACUAAAGGGGCUGAUGGAAAGGAUAGAGAAAGCGAAGAUUGUGGUUCGUAAAUGUCAAGACGUCCCGUUCUUGAAAGAGAUCUUUGGCCACAAGAGAAAUCGAGCAAGUCAAUAAGGAUAUGCUUAAUUAUUGUCAGAUUGUUAUACAGCUUCUUCAGUCAAAGAACCAGUUGCAGUCUAUGGAGGCCAAUAACAACAAUUUCCAAACCGUCUUUAAGAAGCUCGACCAAUUGAGUGCUCCCUCGCCCGCUUUUGGGCAGCUUUGUUCCGUUCCAGAGCUUAAAACGGCUCCAGUUGGAUUUGCUUUGCCGUUGAUGAUGCUCAAGAAGAAGCUACUUGAUGCUGCCGUGGUCAGACUUGUGGUGUCCGCUCCUGCCGGGUGCGGCAAGACCACGCUAGUUAGGCACCUUUGUCACGACCAAGAUAUCAAAAGGAAGUUCCAACAUAUUUUCUACAGCGUUGUGUCAAGUACUCCUAACUUUAGGAAGAUAGUACAGCGUUUACUCGAGCACAACGGUCACCAAGCACCCACAUUUGAUAACGAUACCCAAGCAGCUAAUGUCUUAAAAACACUGCUAGAGGAACUUGAUGGGAAUGAUCAGAUAUUGUUGGUGUUGGAUGAUGUUUGGUCGGCUGGAGCGCCGUCUUUUCUUGAGAAUUUUCCCACUGACAUACCCAAUCUCAAGAUCUUGCUGACUUCUCGGUUUAACUCGCUUGAUUUCGGUGACACUUUUAAAUUGGAACCUUUGAAAAAGGAACAUGCCAAGACCCUUCUCAUUCAAUAUGCAUCGCGUCCUGAUCACGCAUCUGAUGCCGAGUAUGAACGUCUUUUCCAGAAGAUAUUGGAACGAUGCGCGGGAUUCCCACUCUUGAUCAAAGUAAUAGGCGGUUCGCUUAGAAAACAAUCUCUAAAUCAAUGGCAAGGCCAAGUCAUAGAAUGGUCUGGAGGAGGCUCGGUUCUUAAUAGUCGUGAAGUGAUAGAACGUCUGAAGCCUAGUUUCGAUGCUCUAGACUCCAAUCUCAAACAGUGUUUCUUGGACAUGGGUUUGUUUCUUGAGGACCAAGUAAUCCGUGCCUGGAUGAUAACAGACAUAUGGGCCGAGUUAUAUGGUGGUAACGGUAAGACGGAGAAAGAUAAAAUCAUCGUAUCUGUGAAAUACCUUGAAGACCUUGCCUCCCAUAAUCUUCUUGAUCUUGUUCCUCUCGGGAAAAAGGAGCACGAAGACGGUUUCUACAAUGACUUCUUAGUCACUCAACAUGAUAUCCUCAGGGAGUUGGCUAUCAAUCAAAACAAAUCAGAAGCAAUACUGGAGCUGAAGAGGAUAAGACUGACUCUGGAGAUAAGAGAUAAUAGAUUUCCAGACUGGUGUUUGAAUCUAAUACACCCUGUUGCUGUUAAUGCCUCUCUGCUGUCUAUCUUUACAGAUAAUGAAUUCUCAUCUCCAUGGUUUGAGAUGGACUGCCCCAAUGUUGAGGCUUUAGUUCUUAAUAUCUCUUCAUCAAACUAUGCAUUACCUAGCUUCAUUGCUACAAUGAAGAAACUCAAGGUUGUGAUUAUCAUAAAUCACGGUCCUGGUCCUGCCACAUUGACCAACUUGUCGUGUCUCAGCUCCUUACCGAAACUGAAAAGGAUCAGACUGGAGAAAGUUGCAAUCACUUUUCUGGACAUUCUCCAGUUGCAGCUCGUCAGUCUGAAGAAGAUGUUUUUUGUUAUGUGUAGCUUUGGUGAGGUUUCUAAUGACAAAAAUGAAAUAGACGUCUCCAAAGCUCUAUCGAGCUUACAAGAGAUUGACAUAGACUAUUGUUAUGAUCUCGAGAAGUUGCCUAACUGGAUCUCUGAAGCUGUUUCAUUGCAGUCACUUAGCAUCACAAACUGUCAUAAACUCUCUACACUUCCUGAAGCUAUAGGCAACUUGAGUAAGUUGGAAUUGCUGAGGUUGUCUUCUUGUAUUAAUCUCACCGAGCUGCCUGAAACUAUUGUUAGACUCAGCAACUUGCAGUUUCUGGAUAUUUCUGAUUGCUUAGGAUUGAGAAAGUUGCCUGUAGAGAUUGGGAGACUGAAGAAGCUGAAGAAGAUCUCCAUGAACAAGUGUUGGAAAUGUGAACUGCCGGAUUCAGUGAAGAAUCUAGAGAAUCUGGAGGUGAAAUGCGAUGAAGAAACUGCGGUGGUCUUGUGGAAAGGUUUAGAGCAAAAAAUGAUAAAUUUGAAAGUUCAAGUGGAGGAAAGAGAGCACAACCUGAACUUGCUUCGACUGUUGUAAGUUACUGAAAGAAUAUUUUCACUAACUUUUGCGUGUGUUGUAAUGUUGUUUUUAUUCGUCUCAUCAUCCAAAUGCUUCUGUUUUUAUUCAUAUUUGAUUUUGAGUUUUCAUCAACGUAGAUCUACUUUGACACUACAGUGUAGUUUCAAUAUUUUCAACUGCUAAAGUGGCAGAAGAGAAAACAGGGCAUGACCUCCACUUGUUUCAGGUGUUGUAAUGUGAAUUUGUGUUGCGUGUA